AUGCUGCCGGACCCCCCCCGCGUCCCGGCACAGCGGCUCCUCCUCGCACCGGCGGCUCCACCUCGGGCCGCCCCCGGGCAGGCACAGAGGGAGGAAAGGAAGGAGGCUCCGCACGCGCUCCCUGCCUCAGCCGCUCCCGCCGGGACCCAGCGCUGCCCGCACACCCGCCCGCGGCCCCGCUGCUGGCAGUGCGCAUCUUGCUCGCUCGGCCCCCUAUAUAGGGCGGGACCGGACCCCGCCCCGGGCCGGCACUGCCCGCCCCCGCCCCGCCCCGAGCCGGGGGAGGGUCCCGGGGCCGUGCCGGGGCUCGCCCGGCGGCUCGGGAGGAGCCCGCGUCCCGUCCUGGUCUCUCAGCUAAACGCGGAGGCGGCUGCCCUCUCUCCAGCCGAUCCAGCACGCGGAAAGAAUUUCCUUGGCGAGAUAACGGGCUGGCUGAGAGAGUUGGGGUUGUUCAGCGUAGAGGAGAGAGGGCGCCGGCGGGACCGCGUAGCAGCCUGCAGCAGCUGCUCCCUGAGGACUGGCACACAGCAGCCCCUGACACCUGGAACAGCGCAUCCUGGGCACUGGCUUCUGCCAGCUCCGGUGGCCCCGGCGCAGGGCGAAGCCGCAUGGCCUCAAGCUGCACCAGGGGAGGUUCAGACUAGAUGUCAGGAAAAAAAAAAACACAGAAAGGGUCAUCGGGCACUGGCAGAGGCUGUCCAGGGAGGCGGUUGAGUCACCAUCCCUGGAGAUAUUUAAAAGGCAGGUAGACAAAGUGCUCAGGGACAUGGUUUAGUGGCAGAUAGGAAUGGUUGGACUCAAAUGAACUAGGAGGUCUUUUCCUACCAGGUGAUUCUAUGAUUUCCCACAGACAAGCAGGCCGGACUCAUCCGGCUCCCAACACCUGCCGGCAGCCAUGUGCCAAGGCACAUGACACCAUGUUGGUGUCCCCUGCGCAGUCGCCUAUUUUCAGAACAGUGGUUGGAGUUCUGUAUUUGUGAACACUGCCUCUCGGAUUUAGCAGGAAUUGGAGUUCAGAAGUUUUGAGUGAAAGCACAGGCAACCUCCUGCUUCGCCAGACACCGUAAUCAUCUACCUUCGGCCAACACUUCCCCAGCUCUCCUCCAUUCACGCAGUUACUGGUUUUGUAUGAUGAGCUCGUGUGAAACACUCAUUCACUAGCAAAAUAUUGAAAAGGACAAAGUCUUCAAAGCAAAGGCAUACAUAAUAGUUUUAGACAAAGAACCAUGUAAAUCCUCAAAAAAUGUUUGUUCUUUUUUUUUAGAUUAUUGAACACAUCUGGAGACUCCGUUCAGGUUAUCUCCUGACCUACAACAGCUGCAUCUUACAAGACAACUAUGCGUAUUAAUACGUUCUCGCAGCCCAAAGAUAGGUCAUCUCUUGACUUUAAAACAGCUACAUCUUACAAGACAGAUUCAUUAGAAAUAAUUAAACAUACACAGCAGCCGCAGCAAAACUUAGCAAUUCUCACACUCCAAAGCACCCAAUAAAGCCAUAACCCGACAGACACCGGUGUUCCCACCUCCCUCUGUGGACUGGUCCCAGUGGUGGCAUGAGCUGGGGGCAGGAGCGGGAGGCGCUCCCGCAGCUCCGGGGUCUGGGAACUUGGUCCCUCCAGUUCGGCACCCCGCGUUUCCAGGCUCUUGCG